UAGUCCUUUAACAGCUCACUGUGGCUAAGUGUCUGUCGUAGAAACUACAUUACCCACAAUCCCCUUGGCGCAUACGUAGCUUGUGUUGACAUCUGCCGGUAGGCCCCGUUCACACGCGCCGGACAUCUCGUUCCACGAGCUUCUUCAGAAGAAGUCACAGAAAUAAAGCAGAGAGCCGGUGUAUGGACGAGAGAGCGUCGGAGAACCAUGUCUCCUCCACGGCUCACAGGUGCACUGCGCUCCUUCUCCCACGUCAGCAAGAAGGACGACUUCACAGAACAGCCCUAUGAUCUCAAGACCAAACGUCUGAAGCGACAGGAGCUGUUUGCCAGAGAGGGCCUGACUUGGCAGAAGAUUGUCCAUUUCUGCAGCGAGCAUCAGGACAAAGCUAAGCACCAGGCUGCCAGUCAGGAGCUGAAGAGCUUCCUUCUGGCAGCCAAACAGAUUGUCGGGGCUGAACAUGGUCAGGAGGCCAUCGAAAGUGCGGCCGUCUUUCUGUUUGAGACCUUCCACAACCAAGACCAUGUGGGCACAGAGGAGACCCGGGCCAUCAGACAGAUGUUUGGCCCCUUCCCGUCGGCCGCGGCCGAAGCCUCCUGUGACUGCGUCGCUCGGCUCGUGGCUCCGCUCGGCAACGACCGGGUCGAAGACUUUGUUCAGAAGCAGAGCUCCCAUCGCAGCCCCCAACGAGCCUCCGCUUUCGGACGCAACAUUGCCUUCUCGUACGACUGCUACACGUUGGACCCGCUGGAGGGGCUGCCCUGCGCCGCUGUCCAAGAGGAGAACGUGAGCCUUGACUUCAUCAACUUCCUCAACAACCAGCAGGGUGGGAGGAAGGCCGCUGGCGAGGAAGAGGCGUCCGCCUCGGGCAGAUCUUCUGGCUCGGGGGAUGAAGCCAUCCUCCGUACAGAGGUGGAGAAGUAUCUGAAUGGAGGCAACAUGAUCUCGUCCAGCCCGGAGGAGCUGUGUACAUCCCUGUUUGAGAUGCUGGCCUCCCACAAGAGUGACGAUGAACUGCAGAAUGAGCUGUUCGAGCUGCUGGGCCCAGAUGGGCUGGAGAUGAUCUCCACCCUCCUCCAGCGAAGGGUGGCCAUCGUCGACUCCCUCCUCGCCGUCCCAGCCGAUAGGAUUGGCUACGCACCAGAAAAAGGUGAAAUGAAGCCCACCUACGGCUGCCAGGUGACCAUCCAGUCGGAGCAGGAAAAACAGAUGAUGAAGAUGUACCGCAGGGAGGAGAAGAGGGAGAGGAAGAGAGGCAGAGGGGAUGACUGCGACUCCUCAGAUGUUGCUAUGACCUUCGACCCCAGAGAGAUGAGAGCCCACCGCGAACAGGCCCUUCUGACUGCACGGCGUGACCCUGUGCUGAGCAGAGACCGGGUGUACGAGCGCAUUAAAUACCCCAACGUGUACGACCUCUACGCCGAGGCCACCAGGAUGCCUGCGUUUGUGGGAGGAGCCAGGAUUCUGCUCCCUGAGGGAAUCCACCGAGAGAACAACAAGAUGUAUGAAGAGGUGGGGAUCCCACCCAACGAGGCCAUGCCCAUCGGCUUCGAGGAGAAGCCGGUUUUCAUCUCAGAACUGGACGAGAUCGGGCAGCUGGUGUUCCAGGGGAUGAAGCGUCUGAACAGGAUCCAGUCGUUGGUCUUCGAGACGGCCUACAACACCAACGAGAACCUCCUGAUCUGCGCUCCCACCGGCGCUGGCAAGACCAACAUCGCCAUGCUGACCGUCCUCCACGAGAUCCGCCAGCACCUGCAGCCGGGCGGCGUCAUCAAGAAGGAUGAAUUCAAGAUAAUAUAUGUGGCUCCAAUGAAGGCCUUGGCAGCAGAGAUGACUAAUUACUUCAGUAAGCGAUUGGAGCCACUGGGCAUCAGUGUUAAAGAACUCACUGGAGACAUGCAGCUAACCAAAGGAGAGAUCCUUCGAACACAGAUGUUGGUGACGACGCCAGAGAAGUGGGACGUCGUGACCAGGAAGAGCGUCGGAGACGUCGCCCUCUCGCAGAUCGUGCGUCUCCUGAUCUUGGAUGAAGUUCACCUGCUGCACGAGGACCGAGGUCCGGUGCUUGAGAGCCUGGUGGCGAGGACCAUCAGACAGGUGGAGUCCACCCAGAGUAUGAUCAGGAUCCUGGGACUGUCGGCCACGCUGCCCAACUACCUGGAUGUGGCCGCCUUCCUUCACGUCAACCCUUACAUCGGCCUCUUCUUCUUCGACAGCCGCUUCCGACCGGUUCCCCUUGGACAGACCUUCGUUGGCAUCAAAACUACCAACAAGAUCCAGCAGAUCCACGACACGUUGGAGGUUUGUUACAAUAAAGUUCUGGAGCAGGUGAAAGCUGGUCAUCAGGUGAUGGUGUUUGUCCACGCCCGUAACGCCACCGUGAGGACGGCCAUGGGGCUGAUCGAGAUGGCGAAGAACAUGGGAGAAAUCAGCUUCUUCCAACCGAACCAGGGUGCAGACUACGGCCAGUGUGAGAAACAGAUCCAGCGCUCCAGGAACAAGGAGAUGAAGGAGAUGUUCCCAGAAGGCUUUGGGAUCCACCAUGCCGGCAUGCUGCGGUCCGACCGCAGUCUGAUGGAGAGCAUGUUCUCCAAAGGCCACGUGAAGGUGCUGCUCUGCACGGCCACCCUGGCCUGGGGAGUGAACCUGCCGGCCCACGCAGUUAUCAUCAAGGGAACUCAGAUCUACGACGCCAAGCGCGGCACCCUGGUGGACCUGGGCAUCCUGGACGUCAUGCAGAUUUUCGGGCGCGCCGGUCGCCCCCAGUUUGACAAGUACGGCGAGGGCACCAUCAUCACCACCCACGACAAGCUGAGCCACUACCUCACCCUGCUGACGCAGCAGAACCCCAUCGAGAGCCAGUUUCUGGACAGCCUGGCCGACAACCUCAACGCCGAGGUCGCUUUGGGGACGGUCACCAACGUGGAGGAGGCGGUGAAGUGGCUGAGUUAUACAUACUUCUAUGUUCGCAUGAGGGCAAACCCCCUGGCAUACGGCAUCAACCACAAGGCUUAUCAGAUGGAUCCCUCGCUGGAGAUGUACAGGCGGGAGCUGGUGAUGGAGUCUGGCAGGAAGCUGGACAAGGCUCGGAUGAUCCGCUUCGAGGAGCGCACUGGCUACUUCGCCUCCACCGACCUGGGCAGGACCGCCAGCCACUUCUACAUCAGAUACAACACCAUAGAGACGUUCAAUGAGCUUUUCAACUCUCAGCGAACGGAGGCCGACAUCCUCAAUAUCGUGUCCAAGGCCGAGGAGUUUGACCAGUUGAAGGUUCGUGACGAGGAGACGGAGGAGCUGGAGCAGUUGCUCUACAGCCACUGUCACCUGCCGGCCGCUGGCGGCGUGGAGAACGGCUACGGCAAGGUCAACAUCCUCCUGCAGACGUACAUCGGCCGCGGGGAGCUGGACAGCUUCUCGCUCAUCUCCGACCUGUCGUACGUGGCACAGAACGCCGCUCGUAUCGUCCGGGCCUUGUUCGAGAUCGCUCUGAGGAAGCGCUGGCCGGCCAUGACCUACCGACUCCUCACCCUCUGCAAGGUGAUCGACAAGCGGCUGUGGGGCUUCGCCCACCCUCUCCGCCAGUUCCACAACCUGAGUCACGUGGUGCUGAACCGCCUGGAGGAGAAGAAGCUCACCGUUGACAAACUGAAGGAGAUGAGAAAGGACGAGAUCGGACACAUGUUGCACCACGUCAACAUCGGCCUGACGGUCAAACAGUGCGUCCACCAGAUCCCCUCCAUCACGAUGGAGGCCAGCAUCCAGCCAAUCACACGCACCGUCCUGCGAAUCCGGCUCCUCGUCACGCCGGACUUUCGCUGGAACGACCAGGUCCACGGGUCGGUGGGGGAGCCCUGGUGGUUGUGGGUGGAGGAUCCCAGCAACGACCACAUCUACCACUCUGAGUACUUCCUGCUGCAGAAGAAACAGGUUGUGACAGUGGAGCCUCAGCACAUUGUCUUCACCAUCCCCAUCUUUGAGCCGUUGCCCUCCCAGUACUACAUCAAGGCGGUGUCCGACCGCUGGCUUGGGGCCGAGGCCGUUUGCAUCAUCAACUUCCAGAACCUCAUCUUGCCCGAGAGACACCCGCCACACACCGAGCUGCUGGACCUGCAGCCGCUGCCGGUGACGGCUCUGGGUGACCACCGGUACGAGAGCCUGUACAAGUUCACCCACUUCAACCCCAUCCAGACCCAGAUCUUCCACACGCUGUAUCACAGCGACACCAACGUCCUGCUGGGGGCGCCAACGGGCUCCGGGAAGACCAUCGCGGCAGAGAUGGCCAUGUUCCGGGUCUUCAACGAGUAUCCGACCUCGAAGGUUGUGUACAUUGCCCCUCUGAAAGCCCUGGUUCGAGAGAGGAUUGAGGACUGGAAGAUCAGGAUUGAGGAAAAACUUGGAAAGAAAGUGGUGGAACUGACGGGUGACGUGACUCCCGACAUGAGAGCCAUCGCGCAGGCCGACCUCAUCGUCACCACGCCGGAGAAGUGGGACGGAGUGAGCAGGAGCUGGCAGAACCGAAGCUACGUCCAGAAAGUCGCCAUCCUCAUCAUCGACGAGAUCCACCUGCUGGGUGAGGACCGGGGUCCCGUGUUGGAGGUCAUCGUGUCCCGGACCAACUUCAUCUCCUCCCACACGUCCCGGAGCGUGAGAGUCGUCGGUCUGUCCACGGCUCUGGCCAACGCUCGAGACCUCGCCGACUGGCUGGGAAUCGGACAGGUGGGUUUGUUUAACUUCCGUCCGUCCGUCCGCCCCGUGCCCCUGGAAGUUCACAUCCACGGUUUCCCAGGACAACACUACUGCCCCCGCAUGGCCAGCAUGAACAAGCCCACCUUCCAAGCGAUACGCAGCCACUCCCCGGCCAAACCGGUGCUGAUCUUUGUCUCGUCGCGACGUCAAACCCGACUCACCGCCCUGGACCUCAUCGCCUACCUGGCCACAGAGGACAACCCCAAACAGUGGCUGCACCAGGACGAGAGAGAGAUCGAGGACAUAAUCGCCACGGUGAGGGAUUCUAACCUGAAGCUGACGCUGGCCUUCGGGAUCGGCAUGCAUCACGCGGGCCUUCACGAGAGAGACCGGAAGACAGUGGAGGAGCUGUUCGUCAACUGUAAGAUCCAGGUUCUGAUCGCCACCAGCACUCUGGCCUGGGGGGUGAACUUCCCCGCUCACCUGGUGGUCGUCAAGGGAACUGAAUACUAUGAUGGCAAGUCCAGGCGCUACGUGGACUACCCCAUCACAGAUGUUCUGCAGAUGAUGGGGCGUGCGGGUCGGCCUCAGUUCGACGACCAGGGCAAAGCGGUCAUCCUCGUCCACGACAUCAAGAAGGAUUUCUACAAGAAGUUCCUCUACGAGCCGUUCCCCGUGGAGUCCAGCCUCCUCGGCGUGUUGUCGGACCAUCUGAAUGCCGAGAUCUCCGCCGGAACCAUCUCAUCCAAACAGGACGCGAUGGACUACCUCACCUGGACGUACUUCUUCAGACGGCUGGUGAUGAACCCCAGUUAUUACAGCCUCGAAGACAUAAACCACGAGUCAGUUAACAAGUACCUGUCCGACCUGGUGGAGCGGAGCCUGCGGGACCUGGAGUGCUCCUACUGCAUGGAGAUAAAAGAGGAUGACCGGACCAUCGAGCCACUGACUUACGGCCGCAUUGCCUCCUACUACUACUUGAAGCAUCAGACCAUCCGCAUGUUCAAAGAGCGUCUGAAGGCCGAGCUGCCCGUCCACGAGCUGCUCUCCGUUCUGACCGAUGCAGAGGAGUACGCUGAGUUGCCCGUCAGACACAACGAGGACCAGCUCAACAGCCAGUUGGCUCAGCAGCUCCCGCUGAAGGUCAACCCCCACUCCUACGACAGUGCCCACACCAAGGCCCACCUGCUGCUGCAGGCCCACUUCAGCCACGCCCAGCUGCCGUGCAGUGACUACACCACCGACACCAAGACCGUGCUGGACAACACCAUCCGAGUCUGUCAGGCAAUGCUGGAUGUCGCAGCGAAUGAAGGCUGGCUCGUCGCAGCCCUCGGUAUUUGCAACCUGGUUCAGAUGAUCGUCCAGGGCCGCUGGCUGCACGACUCCUCGUUGCUGACGCUGCCGCACGUGGAACAGCAGCACCUCUACCUGUUCAGUAAAUGGGCAAACAGGAAGGAGAGGAGGAGCGCGGGAGGCUACAACGGGCCAAUCGAAGGACUUCCUGAGCUGAUCGCCGCCUGCAACGGAAAAGAAAGUGUCUUCGCCGCCAUUGUCGGCCAAGAGUUCAAUUCGAGUCAGAUUGCCCAGGCGUGGUCCUUCCUGAGUCACCUCCCGGUGCUGGAGGUGCAGAUGAGUGUGAAGGGCUGGUGGGAGGAGAGCCAGCAGCAGACGGAGCUUCGCCUGCCCACGGCACCACGAGCGAACCUGAGGGAGGAGAGCAGCUGGCUGCGGGUCCACGCCGACCAGGAGUAUGUUCUGCAGGUGUCGCUGAGACGCGUCAACGUGGGCCAACAGAGGAGGAAGCAGGACAGUAAGGCCCAGGCUCCCCGGUUCUCCAAGGCCAAGGACGAGGGCUGGUUCCUGGUCAUGGGGGAGGUGGAUCGCAGGGAGCUGCUGGCCGUCAAACGGGUCGGAUACGUGCGCAACCACACGUCUGUGUCUUUGGCCUUCUUCACGCCGGAGAAGACGGGAAAGUUCAUCUACACACUGUACCUGAUGAGUGACAGCUACCUGGGUGUGGACCAGCAGUACGACAUCCACCUGAACGUGACGCCCGCCAGCAUCGCCGCCCAGGUCAACACGGAGGUGUCGGACUCGGUGGCCGACAUGAGCCUCGGCUCAGGGACUAAACAAAAACGAGUGUGACGAGACGGAAGCACACGGUCACUGUGUUAAACACUGACGCUGAUCUGCGAUCAUGGUGUUCGCUUAGAACUCUGUCCUCUUUUUUGGUUCUUUGCAGUCUCAACUUGAAGAAUUCUAUAAAACAGAAACAACAGCGCACCCUUUCUCACAGUCUCAGCUCUAGCUCUGAUUUUACAGCCAACUUUUGUGGAAAAUUGACCGAAUUGAACAUUUCCCCAGAUUCUGCCUCUGCACACGGGGACUCGGACACUGUUCCCUUGAGGCAAUCUGACACCUGAAGGUAGUAAAGUGUCCGAUGGAUGCUUCUGUUUGUUGAAUCCUUGUUUAGGUUUUUUUUCUUUAUUCCAGUCCACCAAAGACCACUCACUCGUUGGCCACAUCCAGUGUAGGAAGCGGCCCUGCAGUGGUUUGUAGUGGGAAAACUGAGCUCCACAACAUUUUCUCAAAAGAUUCCAGUAAAGACACAUGACAAGAGGCGACUGCAGAAGAAACAAGCCACGUCCCAGGAUAAGAUUCACAACUACAUAUUUUUUUGACUGUUCACUAUUACUAUGUUCACAAUAUAGUCAUACAGUGUUUCCACCCAGAGAAUCAAAUCACGAACCAGCUUCACAGAAUGAUGCCACAGCAGUUAUCUGACCUGUACGACUCGGUCGACCAUCUGAUGAACUGACCAGAGACGGAAUAUUGAUCCAAAAAUGAAAUGUAUAAAAUGUCAGAAUUUAUUUCUUCUUAAAAAUAACAAAACAGAUUCCUGAGAAAUAUAAAUAAAUGAAUAAAACCACCUUGAAACGA